CUUUUUUAGCUGAAAGAAGAGAAUGCUACUUUGAGAAGCAAGAUCAGUAAACUUCAAAUUCUCUCUGAAACUCAAGCAGACAAGAUGAGGAAGCUUGAGAAAAAGCUUGAGGAAAACAAAAUCAAAGAAGAAAAAGAAACACAGGAUCUGGAAGCAAUGGUGCAGCAUGUGGAGCAAAAUCUCCAGCUGAUGACUAAACGGGCUGUUAAAGCUGAGAACAGCGCUGCCAAGCUGAGACAGGAGAACACCCUGCUCCAGGUCCAGCUGAGGAAUUACAAGGCAGAGAACGAGGCCCUGCAGCUGGGACAGGCAGGGCUGGCAGCAGCAAAGCAGAAUGCAGAGCUGGCCCUGCAGCACCUGCUCAGGGUCACAACCAGCUCCCGAGCAUCCAUCAGGCAGCUUCUCUCCGGAGCAGAAUCCCUGCAGCUCGUCACUGAUCUCCUGAAAUCCAUCGACAGAAUUUCCGAGGUGUCAGAGGAUGGACAGUGAGUGACUCAGACACCAUGGAGGACUUUGCUUUCAUUUAGUAACCAUUACUAAAAAGCGAAUUUUUGAUA